UCAAGGCCCACGCUCACGUGGUCUACCCCUUGAUCCCUUGUCCCUGCGAGGACCUGGUGACCUUCGGCUGCUUGGUCAACGACUUCUUCCCUCAACCUUCCGUGGUCUCCUGGAUCUCCAGCACCUCGGGGGUCAACAGGACCUUCCCCGUGGUCCAAGGUGGAGAUGGCUACUACGGCCUCAGCGCCACCUUCACCCUCCCCGUGGACGACUUGGAGGACAAGAACUUCCGCUGCCAGGUUGUCCACCCGCCCACCGGCGUCACCACCGGCAAGGAGAUCAAAGGUCUUCGUGGUGGCCACCUGGAUGGGUUGGAGGUCUUGGAGGUCUUCGUGGUGGCCAUCUCCAUGAUCUUCGUGGUGGCCACCUUGAUGGGUUUGGAGGUCUUGGAGGUCUUCUUGGUGACCACCUGGAUGGGUUUGGAUCUUCUCCAACCCUUCAACAUCUUCUUGGUGGCCACCUGGAUGGGUCUUCUUGGUGGCCACCUGGAUGGGUUGGAGGCCUUGAAGGUCUUCUUGGUGGCCACCUGGAUGAGUUUGGACCUCCUCCAACCCUUCAACACCUUCUUGGUGGACACCAUGAUGGGUUUGGAUCUUCUCCAAGGGUUCAUUUUCUCCUUGGUGGCCACCUGGAUGAGUUUGACCUUCAAAUAUCUUCUCGUUGACCACCUGAUCACCCCCAUCCUCACCUCCCCCUCUCCCUCCUUGACCUCAGGUGAAGACAUCUGCCCCACCAACCUCUCGGUGACCCUCCUGAGCGACCCCCACGUGGACAACCCCUCGGAGGAGAAGGUUCUUCUGCUCUGCUUGGUGGAAGGUCACGGGGCCGGAAAGGCCCAGGUCCAAUGGCUGAAGAACAACCAAGUGAUGGAGACCAGGCAGGAGGUCAACACCUGCGAGAGGUGCUCCGAGGAGAAGGCCACCUUCAGCAGCAAGGUCAACGUCAGCCGGAAGAGCUGGGACCUGGGGGCCAGGUUCUCCUGCAAGGUCACCCACCCUUCCUUGAAGAAACCCGUGGUGGAGAACAUCAGCAGCUUCUGCUCGG